UUUCUUGAUAUUUUUGACUUUGUUCUUUGUUUGUUCCAACAACAAACAGCACAAAAAGCAAAAAAGCACUACACAUUCCUCACUGCUGCUGUUGUCAACCUCCGUUUUUGCACAACCGCAUCUCUCGCUGUCUCGCUCUCGAAUCAAUCCCAAGCAAAAAAAAAAAAUCCCAAAUUUGACCAAAAUUCUUCCCAAUUUCAACAACUCAACCAUGACGACUGUGAUUGUCCAGCCUGGCACCGUGCAGAUCCUGUGCGGUCUGUACCGCGUUGACGUGCACACGGACUCGAUCAUCCCGUCUGCGCCCAUCCCGCUGCACGGCGUCCACGUCGAGGCGAACGUCGUCGACAUGGUCACGGAAGUGACGCUCACCCAGCAGUACUCAAACUACGAGUCUGUGCCGAUUGAGGCCAGGUACGUCUUCCCGCUCGACGAAGGCGCCGCCGUCUGCGAGUUUGAGGCCGAAAUCGACGGCCAGCUCGUCUCGGGCGUUGUCAAGGAAAAAGAGGAGGCGCGUCGCGAGUAUACCGAGGCCGUUGCGCGCGGCGACGGCGCCUACCUGCUCGAGCAGGCCCGCGCUGACAUCUUCUCCAUCAAGGUCGGCAACCUGCCUCCGGGCAAGACGUGCGCCAUUCGCAUCACGUACAUUGUCGCGCUCAAGGUCGAGGGCGAUGCUGUGCGCUUUUUGCUCCCGACCACCGUCGCCCCGCGCUACACCCCGUACCGCGACACCCAGGAGGCAGUCCCGUCCACGGGCGUCAUCUCGCACUUCAACUACUGGGGCCUUGGCCGCGCGCCGUACGGGCUCAGCCUGAACGUCAACUGCGAGAUGCGCUCUCCCAUCACAAAGGCGUCCUCCCCCACGCACGGCAUUGCCGUCACGCAGAACUCUGCCACCCCGCAGCGCGCCCAGAUUGCGCUGGCUGCCGGCCUGACCGCGCUCGACCGCGAUCUGAUUGUCCUUGUCGAGACCCAGACCCCGCACGAGCCUCGGCUGUGCCUCGAGACCGACCCCGAGGCCAACGGCUCCCGCGCCAUGAUGCUCACGCUUGUGCCGCACUUUGAGCUCGACGACAUCAAGUGCGAGGUGAUCUUUGUGGUUGACCGCAGUGGCUCGAUGGGUGGCUCGCAGAUUCUGCAGGCGCGCAACGCCUUGACGCUCUUCCUCAAGUCACUGCCCACCAAUAGCCGCUUCAACAUUGUCGGCUUUGGCGACUCGUACCAGACCCUCUUCCCGGAAGCCGUGGGCUACUCCCAGGCCAACCUGAACACGGCUCUCAAGCACGUCUCCACCAUGGACGCCAACCUCGGCGGCACCGAGCUCCUCGCCCCGCUGCGCGCCAUCGAGCGCAUGAAGACUCGCGCAGACUUCCCGCGCCAAGUCUUUGUGCUCACCGACGGCCAGGUCAGCAACACGGACCAAGUCAUUGCGCAGGUCAACUCGGACAGCAAGAACGCCCGCUACUUUGCGCUCGGCAUCGGCUCUGGUGUCAGUCACCACCUGGUCGAAGGCAUUGCGCGCGCCGGCAAGGGCAACGCCCAGUUUGUCGUCGAUGGCGAGCGCAUGGAGACCAAGGUCAUGCGCCAACUCAAGGACGCCAUCCAGCCCUCGCUCACCGAUGUUCGCGUCAACUGGGGCCUCGACGAGAUUCCCGCCGCGGUCGUGGAGCCGCCCAAGGUCAAGAGUCUGCUUGGCUACAAGAAGCCCGAGCCCGCUGAGCGUCCCUUCCGCCAGGCGCCGUUCACCGUUCCCCCGGUCUUUGACGGCUCGCGCUUCCUGAUCUUUGCCUUCCUCAAGCCGGGCGUCCCCGCUCCCAAGCAGGUCACCAUCCACGCCAUCUCGCCUGACGGCCCGCUGGAGGUGGCGCUCGAUGUCAAGGAGGAGGAGACGCUCGAGGGCAACACCAUCCACCGCAUGGCCGCCCGCACCAUGAUUCGCGACCUCGAGGAAGGCACGUCGUUUAUGCACCAGUCCACCGGAGGCUACAAGCGCGCCACCGACGAUGCCAUCAAGAAGGAGAUUGUCCGCCUUGGCACGACCUACUCGCUCGCUUCGCGCCACACGUCCUUCAUUGCCAUCGAGAAGCGUCCCAACCAGCCUCAGUUCCAGUCGAGCUGGUUUGGCGAGUCCUACAUUGUGCCCAAGCCACAGCCUGUCGUGCGAAACACGCCAACGCUUUCCCCAGCGUCGAGCAUCUCCGCGCCAUUGGGCGGUCGCGGCGGCUAUGGCGGUGGCGCUCCUCGUAUGCGCUCUGCUGCUCCUCCUACAUCAACCAGCUCAAACAGCGGCUUCUUUGGCCAAGUGACUGGCGCGAUCGGCUCCAUGUUUGGCUCGAGCCCCGCUCCUCCGCCGCCAGCGCCCGGCGGUGCUGCUCCCAUGCAGGCACAGGCACAGCGUUUGUCCUAUGCUUCAGCGCCUUCGGCAGCGCCUUCGCCCAUGGCGUACGAGUCGUAUUCGGCGGACAAGAGGAAGAAGAGUCGCAGCAGCAGCGGCAGCAACGCCAUGCUGGAUGGCGCCGUGGCCAAGCCUGCCAUGGCUAUGCCCUCCAUGUCGUUUGCUCGUUCCAGCGCAGCCGCCGCCGCCGCUCCCAUGCCGAGGAAGGAGAAGGAAAUGAAAUUGUCUCGCGCCUCUUCCGACGAUGACGAAGAGGAGGCCGAAGGUUUCGGUCUUUUCGCUGAUGAUUCUGUAAACGAAUGCAUGAUGGCAGCAGAGCUCGGCCAAGAGAGACUGGAUCUUCAGCCUCAAAGCCUUUUCAUGGCCCAGCAGCAAAGCCGUCCCGCUGGUCGUGCCGCCGACCCGAGCCAGACGCUUCAGACGAUUGUCAACCUGCAGCUGAUUGAUGGUGCAUUCGAGCCAACACAAGCCCUUGCCACCGCUCUCGGCGUCGCUCCUGGCCUCUUCCAGACGUUGGCGGCGUCGCUCGGCGUCUCUGCUGGUGUCGUGGCGGCCGCCCUUGCUCUCGCCUACCUGCAGACCAAGCUCUCGCAGUUUGCUGAGGACUGGGAGAUGAUUGCCAACAAGGCCAACUCCUGGCUCAAGAAGACCCUGAAGGCCGAGUCGUCCCCUCGCUCGCCCGCAGACCUUGUCCGUGAGGUGACUGCUUCAUUGUAAAUUGACGCUUUGUCAGAAAUGAUGUUUCGUCUGUUGUGUAAAGGGUCGUUUGUUUGCCGUUGUUGUUUGAUUUUUUGUGAUUUUUUGUGAUUUUUUGUGAUUUUU